GGCUAGACAGGCACAUUCUCUGUCCCUUCCAGCCGCCCCGUCUCGGUGCUCGCUGGCGGUAGGGCACGCGCGGCCUUCUCAUUGGCGCGGAGAACACCUGCUCCAGAGCCGGAGACGCAGACACGGGCCACGGGGCUGCCAGAGCGGAGCGCGGGGAAGAGCUCGUCGCUGCUCGGUCACUGGCCGGCCGGGCCGCGAGAGCCUCACUUCACAAUACCUAAGAACAUCAAGAGAGACAAAGGGUCAAGUACCUCACUCAACCCUUCCUAAAAACAGCAAGACAAUCAUCAGGACAAGAGUGAAUAUAUGAAGGAGGAAGUAGGGGAAUGUGCUGAAGAUGAGGCGACUGAAUCGGAAGAAGACGCUGAAUUUGGUGAAAGAGUUGGAUGCCUUUCCAAAGGUUCCUGAGAGCUAUGUAGAGACUUCAACAAGUGGUGGAACAGUAUCUUUAAUAGCAUUUUCAGCUAUGGCUUUAUUAACCAUAAUGGAGUUUAUGGUGUAUCGAGACACCUGGAUGAAAUAUGAAUAUGAAGUAGACAAGGAUUUUACUAGUAAAUUAAGAAUGAAUAUAGAUAUUACUGUUGCCAUGAAGUGUCAAUAUGUGGGGGCUGAUGUUUUGGAUUUAGCAGAAACAAUGGUUACCUCUGCAGAUGGUUUAGUUUAUGAACCAGUAAUAUUUGAUCUGUCUCCCCUGCAAAGAGAGUGGCAGAGGAUGCUGCAGUUAAUUCAGAGUAGGCUGCAGGAAGAACACUCUCUUCAAGAUGUGAUAUUCAAAAGUGCUUUUAAAAGUGCUUCAACAGCAUUGCCACCCAGGGAGGAUAAUUCAUUACUGCCUCCAGAUGCAUGCAGAAUUCAUGGUCAUCUCUAUGUCAAUAAAGUGGCAGGAAACUUUCACAUAACUGUGGGCAAGGCAAUUCCGCAUCCCCGAGGCCAUGCACACUUGGCAGCCCUUGUGAGCCACGAUUCAUACAACUUCUCUCAUAGAAUAGAUCACUUGUCUUUUGGAGAGCUCAUUCCAGGAAUUAUUAAUCCUUUGGAUGGGACAGAAAAAAUUGCAUCAGAUCACAACCAGAUGUUCCAAUAUUUUAUCACAGUCGUGCCAACAAAACUCCAUACGUAUAAAAUUUCAGCAGAAACUCACCAGUUUUCCGUGACAGAAAGGGAAAGAGUGAUUAACCAUGCAGCUGGCAGCCAUGGGGUAUCAGGGAUAUUCAUGAAAUAUGACAUCAGUUCACUUAUGGUGACAGUAACAGAAGAACACAUGCCCUUUUGGCAGUUCUUAAUAAGACUCUGUGGUAUUAUCGGUGGAAUUUUCUCAACUACAGGCAUUUUACAUGGCAUUGGAAGAUUCAUAGUGGAAAUUAUCUGCUGUCGUUUCAAACUGGGCUCUCACAAACCUGUCCUACUUCCGGAUGGCCACGUAAACAACCACUUACCUCUAAUUACAGACAACAGGCUAAACUCGAUCUCCAGCAAGUAAGAAACCACCUCUCUGCUAUGGCUUAGAAAAGAAAUGAAUGUCUUGUGAUUAGGUGGGCCACAACACUGCUUUUCAAGAAGAGACAUGUACUCUGCCUGCUGCUGGAACAUAAGCUUUGACAAAUAACGGGAGAGCAAAAGGAGGGAGAAAAGAUUGAAAAACAAAUGGCUAAGUACAGCAAAGCAGUUUUACUAAAUACUACAGAAGCAAGUAAACUGAGUCAGCCAGUGAGUCUGCUGGACCACCCAGGGUAUAAUAAAGACAAUCACCAAGGAACAGGUGAUGGCAGAGAAUCUGAAUAAAUUUCUCUGUAGUGUAGGUGAUGAGGAAAAGUUAAAAUUUACAGGUCAUGAAAGUUUUGGGUUUUUUUGUUGUUGUUUAAGUAAAUGGAGCAUCCUGAGCUUUAUGCUGGAAUACGUUAGUGGAGUUGGUGACAUUGAGAAACUAAAGAACUAAGUAUUAUAGCUGAACUACUAACCAAAACAUGUCGUUAAGAAACACAGCUACUCCGCCAGAGAGUACACAGAGUAUAGGCUGAUUUGUACCGCCAUGAUUUUUGUAAAGCUAAUGCCUCUCUAAGCUGUGAGAAUUGUGCGGAAGAGUAUUAAAUAAAGAGUGGGAAGGGAAUAA